AUGUCGUUCGGCGGAAUGACCCCGACCAUCGUGGUCCUGAAAGAAGGAACCGAUACCUCUCAGGGCAAGGGACAGAUUGUCUCCAACAUCAACGCCUGCUUGGCCGUUCAGGCCACUAUCAAGUCGACACUCGGUCCUUACGGCGGUGACCUGUUGAUGGUCGACGAGAAUGGCAGGCAAACCAUCACCAAUGACGGUGCCACCGUCAUGAAGCUCCUCGACAUUGUUCACCCUGCAGCCCGAAUUCUCGUCGACAUUGCACGAUCGCAAGAUGCCGAAGUCGGUGACGGCACCACAUCUGUCGUCGUCCUGGCCGGCGAGAUCCUGAAGGAGACCAAGGAGCACGUAGAGCAGGGUGUCAGCUCACAGAUUAUCAUCAAGGGCCUGCGGAGGGCAGCGUCCAUGGCCGUCAACAAGAUCAAGGAGAUUGCGGUUGAUACGAACGAGGGCAACCGAAGGGAAACGCUCAGCAAGCUGGCCGGCACCGCUAUGACCAGCAAGCUGAUUAAGAGGAACACUACUUUCUUCACCAAGAUGGUUGUCGAUGCCGUGCUGUCUCUGGACCAAGACGACCUCAACGAGCGCCUCAUUGGCAUUAAGAAGAUUCCCGGUGGAUCCCUGACUGAUUCCCUAUUUGUCAACGGCGUCGCCUUCAAGAAGACCUUCUCCUAUGCCGGUUUCGAGCAGCAGCCCAAGGCGUUCGAGAAGCCUAAGAUUGUGUGCCUCAACGUCGAGCUCGAGCUCAAGGCCGAGAAGGACAACGCUGAGGUGCGCGUUGAACAGGUGUCCGAGUACCAGGCCAUUGUCGACGCUGAGUGGCAGAUCAUCUACAAGAAGCUUGAAGCCAUCCACGCCACUGGCGCAAAGGUCGUUCUCAGCAAGCUCCCCAUCGGCGAUCUUGCGACACAGUACUUUGCCGACCGCGACAUCUUCUGCGCUGGUCGUGUUGCCGCCGAGGAUAUGGAGCGCGUCGUCCAGGCUACCGGCGCCGUCACCCAGUCUACCUGCUCUGACAUUCUGCACGAGCAUCUGGGUACCUGCGGCAGCUUCGACGAGAGACAGAUUGGUGGCGAGCGCUUCAACUUCUUCGAAGACUGCCCCGAGGCCAAGACGUGCACGCUCGUGCUGCGCGGUGGUGCUGAGCAGUUCAUUGCUGAAGUGGAACGUUCCCUGCACGACGCCAUUAUGAUCGUCAAGCGCGCCAUCAAGAACCACACCAUUGUCGGCGGCGGAGGUGCCACCGAGAUGGAGGUCUCCGCGUACCUCCACCGCUUCGCCGACCGCGACGUCUCCCACAAGCAGCAGGCCAUCAUCAAGAGCUUCGCCAAGGCGCUCGAGGUGAUCCCGCGCCAGCUCUGCGAGAACGCCGGCUUUGACGCCACCGAUAUUCUCAACAAGCUUCGCGUUGAGCACCGCAAGGGCAAGACCUGGGCCGGUGUUGACUUUAACAACGAGGGCGUCGCCGACAUGAUGGAGCGCUUCGUGUGGGAGCCCGCACUCGUCAAGAUUAACGCCAUCCAGGCCGCCACCGAGGCGAGUUGCCUGAUCCUAGGCGUCGACGAGACGAUCCGUAACGAGGAGAGCCAGAAGCCCCAGGCCCCCGGACAGGCGCUGCCGCAGGGAGCGGCGCAGAGGGCGCUUCGCGGCAGGGGACGGGGUAUGCCUAGGCGGUGA